GUCUCUAGAAUAUACCAUCUAUGACCAUGAGUUAAAGGAUGCUAGGAAGAAGUUAGAGGAACUUGAUACUAGGAGAGAGACUAGUAGUUCAGUCACAGAGAAGCUUAGAGAAAGUGCACAGCAAGCUGCAGACCAAAUAAAGAAACUCAGUAAAGAUUUCAGAGAUAUAAAAAGUAAACUUCAGUCCUAUAGAGAAGAAAAAGAAGCUCUAUCUCAAGAGCAGUCAUCAUUAUUUAAAGAGAAAACUCGUUUAGAAUUAACUAUUAAAGAUCUGCGUGAUGAAGUGGAAGGUGAUGAUAGUUCACGGAAAAGAGCUGAACGGGAAUUAGAGAGAUUAAAAGAAACCAUUGCUGUGAAAUUGUCACAGCUGGAAGAUAUUCGUCCUCGAUAUGAAGCACAAAAAAAGAGGGAAGAGGAAUGCACUAGAGAAUUAAGUUUAAAAGAACAAAAGCGUACAGAGUUAUACGCUAAACAAGGGAGAGGUAGCCAAUUUACAUCAAAAGCUGAAAGAGAUAAGUGGAUCCAAAAGGAGUUGAAGUCUCUACAAAAAGCCAUUCGAGAUAAAAGAGAACAGAUAGAGCGUUUGCAAGAAGAUUUCACAAAAGAUACUGAAAAGAAAAAGAAUUUGGAAGCAAAAAUAGAGGAGCGAACCAAAGAAUUAGAAAAUCACCGCGAAAGCAUUGAUAACCAAAAUAAAAGCUUUUAUGAAAUGAAGAAAAAGAAGGAUGCUCUUCAAAGUGAACGAAAUGAGUUAUGGAGGCAAGAAAAUGCAAUGCAACAAAAUCUUGCCAUGCUGAAGGAAGAGCUGUCAAAAAAAGAUCAAGGCUUGAGGUCUAUGACAGGAAAAGCUACUUUAAAUGGUCGAGAUAGUGUAAAGAAAGUAUUGCAAACGUUUCGUGAUAAAGGUGGAAGCUAUGAGCAGAUUGCCAAUUCAUAUUACGGAAUGCUGAUUGAGAAUUUCGAUUGUGAUAAGACUAUUUACACUGCUGUUGAAGUCACAUCAGGCAAUAAAUUAUUUUAUCACAUAGUUGAGAGUGAUAAAAUUGGUACCAAAAUCUUACAAGAAAUGAAUCGCCAGCAGUUACCGGGUGAAGUUACAUUCAUGCCUCUGAACAGACUUAUGUAUAAGGAUGUGCAAUAUCCAAAUACAAAUGAUGCUAUUCCCAUGAUAAGUAAAUUAAACUAUGAAGCUAAACAUGAACGAGCUAUGAAAUAUAUCUUUGGAAAGACCUUAAUAUGUAGAAAUCUGGAAGUUGCUACACAGAUUGCUCGAACAUCUAAUUUGGAUUGCAUCACUUUGGAGGGAGACCAAGUAUCUCAUAAGGGUGCUUUAACUGGUGGUUAUUUUGAUACACGGAAAUCAAGACUAGAUUUGCAUAAAGCUCACAUGCAGCUUGUUACAGAAAUUAAUGAACAAGAAAGGCAACUUGCACAACACAGGAAGACUCUUACAAAUAUUGAAGGACAGAUUAACCAAAUUGUUAGUGACAUGCAGAAAGCUGAGACAAAGAAUAGCAAAAACAAGGAUGUUUUUGAUAAGUUAAAAGCUGACAUACGAUUGAUGAAAGAAGAAGUUGCAGCUCUAGAAAGAUCCCAUCAGCCAAAGGAAAGGAGUUUGGCAAGCCUUGAUUCUAGUCUGAAAUCCAUGCAGUCUACUGAACAGUCCUUAAGAAGUGAAUUACAACAAGAUUUGCUGAAUCAGUUGUCUGUUACAGAUCAGCAAGAAGUGGAUCGUCUUAAUGAUGAUAUUCGAAAACUUACCCAAGAAAAUAAAGAGGCUUUCAGUGAAAGAAUGAGGUUGGAGGCUGAAAAGAACAAGCUUGAAAAUCUGUUGAAUAAUAACCUUUAUAGAAGAAAGGAAGAAUUAGAAGCUGCACUUCAAGAAAUUUCUGUUGAAGAUAGGAGGAGAAAAUUAGAGAACAGUAAUGCUGAAUUAGCAGCUAUCAAUAACAGGAUAAAUGAUGUGAAUAAAAAUGUUAAAGAGCUUGAACAGAAAUUUGAGAAAUUAAAUUCUGAGCAGAAAACUAUUCAAAAAGACUUAGAGCAUUGGAAAGCACAAGAACGAGAUUAUCAAGAAAGGAUAAAUGAGGAUGCAAAAGAUUUGGAAAAAAUGACUAGUAAACAGUCUUUGCUUCUUAAAAAGAAAGAAGAAUUUACACGUAAAAUAAGAGAACUUGGCUCCUUACCAUCAGAUGCCUUUGAAAAAUAUCAAAAUCUCUCAUACAAACAGUUGUACAAGAAACUUGAACAGUGCAAUCAUGAGCUAAAGAAGUAUAGCCAUGUUAACAAGAAAGCUUUAGAUCAGUUUAUAAGUUUCUCUGAGCAGAAGGAGAAACUUGUAAAUCGUAAAGGAGAAUUAGAUAGGGGCUAUGAUUCCAUUAUGGAGCUCAUGAAUGCCUUAGAGUUACGGAAGUAUGAAGCUAUACAGUUUACAUUUAAGCAAGUAUCUAAAUAUUUUAGUGAAGUUUUUAAGAAGUUAGUUCCACAGGGUCAUGCUACGUUAGUAAUGAAGACAGAAAAUGAUGAAACUGGCUCUACAGGUGCUAAAGCUCAGUCUGUCGAACAGUUUAUAGGUGUAGGAAUCAGAGUUUCUUUCACGGGCAAAGCUGGUGAAAUGAAAGAAAUGCAGCAACUAUCUGGAGGUCAGAAAUCACUGGUUGCUCUUGCUUUAAUAUUUGCAAUUCAGAAAUGUGAUCCUGCUCCAUUUUAUCUCUUUGAUGAAAUAGAUCAAGCUCUUGAUUCACAGCAUCGAAAAGCUGUUUCAGGUAAAAUAUUGCAAGCACAUUAUGUCGAACAAAUAAUGUCACAGACAAGAGUGUAUGAAUGGUGUGAAAAGUUUUGGGAAGGACCAGGAGCUGGUAACAAAUGA